AAGUUGAGGAGAGCACAUCAGCCACACAAGUAGUUUCACAGAGCAUACAGAGCACUACCAGAGGGGUGAAGCAGGGUUGGAGUCAAGUGUAGCCCCAAAGAAUGAAUCUCUAACCAAGGGAACUCCCGUUUAACAUACAAGAACAGUUCACAUAAGUCUUUACAGACAACAUAGAGAGGGAAGAACAAUUCAGCAGCCACAGAAGGAACAGGCGUAAUAUACAGUGCAACGGCAGAGGCAGGAAGUAUUAUCCUCUUCGGGAGGUAACCGCGCAAAGGAAGAGGCAACGUCAUACUGUGAGGGUUAGUGGUGUGGAAACCAAAAACAUGGCUGGAAUCAAGACAUCAAGUGGAGACUAUAUAGAUUCGUCCUGGGAACUGAAAGUUUAUAUGCAUAAGCUAGAAGAUGAAGCUGACCCAGUGACACUCAGGGUGACGGGUGACACUCACAUUGGAGGAGUCAUGUUGCAGGUGGUGGAAAAAAUAGGGAAAACACAGGACUGGUCCGACUAUGCCCUCUGGUGGAAGCAAAAACGCCAAUGGCUGUUGAAGACUAAUUGGACACUUGACAAAUAUGGGAUUUUGGCUGAUGCACUCCUCCAUUUCACUCCUCAACACAAGCCAGUUAUCUUAUCUUUACCCAACCAGCGUUCACUAAGGAUCCGGGUUUCCUUCUCUAGUACCACAUUUAGUGCAUGUGCUGAGGUUUGCAAAGUGCUGGGUAUCAGGCACCCAGAAGAGCUUUCCUUCCUGAGGACACCUGAGGAGCGUGAGAAAAAGAAGAAGAAAGAGAAAGAUCAAGUGACUCAAGAGAUAUUUGAUCUAACCUCCUUUCAGCCUGUUUCUGAUUCAGCAACACAACUAAUUUUGGGAGGAAUUCCAUCUCAUUUCACUACAAGCCCAGAGGCACAAGAGAGUUACCGUGCACUGUCAGUCUGCCAGACUGGAUUAACCCCUGAGGAUAUACAGAAGAGAUCCAAACCUAUCUCUGUGACCGAUAAAACUUUAGUACACGGCAGGUGGCUGGACUCUUCUAAGUCUCUGAUGCAACAGGGGAUACAAGAAGGCGACAGGCUAUGGCUGCAAUUUAAAUAUUAUACAUUCCAUGAUAUUGAUCCAAAGAUGGAUAUUGUACGCAUUAACUUGCUAUUCGAGCAGGCGCGGUGGGCUGUGCUGCUUGAAGAAACAGAGUGUACAGAAGAGGAAAUGAUGGUGUUUGCUGCUUUACAGUACCACGUGAACAAGUUAUCAGUUAACUCAAACCCAAUGGAUAUGACCCCAGACCCAGCCCUGCAGGAUUUGGAGGAAGCACUUUCACAUCUGGAGGUCAAGCUGGAGGCAUCUACUCCCAACGACGCCCUGGAAGACAUCCUUAUUGAACCAGAGCUGGAGGAAUAUCUGCGAGUGUUCAGACCACGGAAAAUGACUCUGAAGGGCUAUAAACAGAACUGGGUGCAGCUGAAAAGUACCAAUCUGUCAUGUUAUAAAACCAAAGAAGAGGCCAAAGGGGAGCCAUUGCUUGUACUGGGACUAAAGGGGUGUGAAGUUGUACCUGAGGUUAACAUUUCCUCUCAGAAGUUCUGUAUCAGACUGGUAGUCCCAUCCACGGAGGGAAUGAAUGAAGUUUCUCUGCGCUGUGAAGAUGAACAACAAUAUGCCCACUGGAUGGCUGGCUGUCGCUUGGCAGCAAAAGGUCGUACAAUGGGUGACCCAUCAUAUAAAGAUGAAGUACAGAAUAUUUUGUCCUUCCUCAAACUCCAGAAAUCCAGCUCCCAAACAUCUAGCACCAUGUCAAUCGAUUCUGUCAAUAUGCAUGCCUUGGUGUCACCAAGAUACCAGAAGAAACUCAAACCCAAGCAAUUAACGCCGCGGAUCUUAGAGGCAUAUCAAAAUAUUGCACAGCUCUCUCUCAUAGAUGCCAAGCUACGCUUUAUUCAGUCCUGGCAAUCACUUCCCGACUUUGGACUUUCAUACUUCCUUGUAAGAUUUAAAGGUGCCCGUCGAGAUGAGAUAUUAGGCAUUGCCAGCAAUCGUCUGAUACGCAUUGACCUGGGUGUUGGAGAUGUGGUCAAAACAUGGAUGUACAGCAAUAUGAAACAAUGGAAUGUCAACUGGGACAUAAGACAAGUUUCCAUAGAAUUCACCGAGAAUAUAAAUGUAGCCUUCACCUGCAUUUCUGCACCAUGCAAAGUCAUACACGAGUACAUUGGUGGCUAUAUUUUCAUGUCCACACGUGGUAAGGAUGGAGGAUCAAAGGGACUGAAUGAAGAACUCUUCUAUAAGCUGACGGGUGGCCACGAAGCUCUUUAA